CACACUCCAUGCACAGCUUGCCUUUCCUCUUUAAAUCUCUGGUGGGCCUUGCCGUGAAACCUAACUCUGGUCUUGCUUUGGUUUCGUCUGCUUCCUUUUCAACUGUAUCAUCUUCCUGCUUGCACUUUUUUUUUUCCCCUAAAAAGGCAGAGUUUGUGAAAGGCGAACCCCCUAUCCUUGGAGCUAAAAGACAGGAAGUUUGCGCGGGCGGGGGGAGGGGAGAAAGCAUUGCCGGAAUAGGAUUUUACUCUUCGGUUCUAAAGUACAGCUGCUCUUAGAGCUGGAGAUGCUGCUGCCCAGAGCACGAGAUAUAAAAAGAUCUCUCUGGCUGGAUUUCCUCCUUUUCCAGUCUUGCCAACAACUCCAGGAGACGCUUCUAAGCUGAUUACAGGGGUUAGAGAAGUCUUCAGUUUGAAUCCACGUUUCUUUCUUGAUUCAGGGUGACCAGCUAACAGAGAUUCAUUACUUUCGUCCUGAAAUUAAUUGAGGAAAUGUAUUAAUUUCCUUGAAACUAGAUCUUUGGAAAGUCUUGAUUUUGCCAGUCUCUUGGGUUAAAAUUAAUCAGCGUUGGAGAUUGAUAAGUUUUCUCCCAAACUUUUCCUCAACUCCCCUGCAAGCAAGAGUGGACUCUACUCUUGGGGUGCCUUUCGUCUGUGUCGUAGGCAUAGAUCUGAGCUCAAGUCUUUCUCCGGUGUGCAAAAUUACCGUCUCCCACUCCAAGCCCUGUACUGAGGUCUGGGCUACUUGCCCUUAACAUCGCUCAUCCUGUGUAACUGAGGCCUCUCCUUGCCAGCAGAGGCAGAGGAAAUAUCAGUCAUGGAUGGAAUGAAGGCAAUAGGAAGGCAGAAAUCGAAAAGAUGUCUUCCAGUAAUGACCACGUUUUAGUACCAAUGUCACAGACAAACACCAAUGGCCUUCCUGGAAUGAACUCAAGUGACGUGAAGACGCUUACAGGAGAUGUGUUAAGUUUUCAUAACAUCACCUAUCGAGUGAAAGUGAAGACUGGGUUUCUAGUCCGGAAGACGGUUGAGAAAGAAAUACUCUCGGGUAUCAAUGGAAUCAUGAAACCUGGCCUCAAUGCCAUUCUUGGACCCACAGGCGGAGGCAAGUCUUCGUUAUUAGAUGUCUUAGCAGCAAGGAAAGAUCCACGAGGAUUAUCUGGAGAUGUUCUGAUAAACGGCGCACCUCAACCUGCCAAUUUCAAAUGUACUUCAGGCUAUGUGGUUCAAGAUGACGUUGUGAUGGGCACCCUGACAGUGAGAGAAAACUUACAGUUCUCAGCAGCCCUUCGGCUUCCCACAACUAUGAAGAACCAUGAGAAGAAUGAGCGGAUUAACAUGGUCAUUAAAGAGUUAGGUCUGGAAAAAGUAGCAGAUUCCAAGGUGGGAACCCAGUUUACCCGUGGUGUCUCUGGAGGAGAAAGAAAGCGGACAAGCAUAGGAAUGGAGCUGAUCACUGACCCUUCCAUCCUCUUCCUGGACGAGCCCACAACUGGUCUGGACUCCAGCACAGCAAAUGCUGUCCUUCUGCUCCUGAAAAGAAUGUCUAAACAGGGUCGAACAAUCAUCUUCUCCAUUCAUCAGCCUCGGUAUUCCAUCUUUAAGUUGUUCGACAGCCUCACCUUAUUGGCCUCAGGGAAACUCAUGUUCCAUGGGCCUGCCCAGGAGGCUUUGGAGUACUUUGCAUCAGCAGGUUACCACUGUGAGCCCUACAAUAACCCUGCAGACUUCUUCCUGGAUGUCAUCAAUGGAGAUUCUUCUGCUGUAGUGUUAAAUAGAGACGAAGAAGGCCAGGAAGCAAACAAAACUGAAGAACCCUCCAAGAGAGAGAAGCCAAUAAUAGAAAACUUAGCUGAGUUUUAUGCCAACUCCUCCAUAUACAGAGAAUCAAAAGCUGAAUUAGAUCGACUUCCGAGGGCUCAGAAAAAGAAAGGAAUAUCAGCCUUCAAAGAGUCCGAGUAUGUUACCUCCUUCUGUCAUCAGCUCCGAUGGAUUGCCAAGCGCUCAUUCAAAAACUUGCUGGGGAAUCCUCAAGCUUCUAUAGCUCAGGUAAUUGUCACAAUCAUACUGUCACUCGUGAUUGGUGCCAUUUACUUUGGUCUGACAAAUGAUAGAGCUGGAAUCCAGAAUAGAGCUGGGGUACUCUUUUUCCUGACCACCAACCAGUGUUUCAGCAGUGUGUCAGCUGUUGAGCUCUUCGUAGUGGAGAAGAAACUCUUCAUACAUGAGUAUAUCAGUGGAUAUUACAGAGUGUCUUCCUACUUCUUUGGAAAGCUGGUAUCUGAUCUACUACCCGUGAGGUUUUUGCCAAGCGUUUUAUUCACUUGUAUAUUAUACUUCAUGUUAGGAUUGAAGAAAGAGGUGGGGGCUUUUUUCAUCAUGAUGUUCACCCUUAUAAUGGUCGCUUACACAGCCAGUUCCAUGGCACUGGCCAUAGCUGCAGGUCAAAGCGUGGUAUCCGUGGCAACACUUCUCAUGACAAUCUCUUUUGUAUUUAUGAUGAUUUUUUCUGGUCUUUUGGUGAAUCUCACAACCAUUGAGCCUUGGUUGUCCUGGCUUCAGUACUUCAGCAUUCCUCGAUAUGGCUACACAGCUUUGCAGUAUAAUGAAUUCUUGGGACAAGAGUUCUGUCCAGAACUCAAUGCAAAUGUCAGCGACACCUGCAAUAACAGCUUUGCAAUAUGUACUGGUGACGAAUACUUGAAAAGUCAGGGCAUCGAUCUGUCACCUUGGGGACUGUGGAAGAAUCAUGUGGCUCUGGCUUGUAUGAUUAUUAUCUUCCUCACAAUUGCCUACCUAAAGUUGUUAUUACUUAAAAAGUAUUCUUAAAUUCCCCUUUACCAUACUAUUAAAUGUAUUCCUAUUAAAUGUGGGCAUUUUGAUUGA